UAUCUAAACCAACAGGUACUGAAGCAAUGAACUGAAAUCCUUUAUUGUCCUUGGAGCGGAAGAUUUCCUCUGGUUUCAGCACGGAGCAACAAUGGCAACGGCAAUAGAGCUGCUGGAAACUUUGGAGGAUUUGGGAGAUCGAGAGCUAAAACAUUUUAAGUGGUACCUGCAGCAGGCCAACUUCCUGAAGGACUUCCCGCCAAUCCCAAAGAGCCAACUGGAAUUGAGAGUUUCUGUCUUUAUUGAUACAGGUAUUAGAAACAGGUCGGACAGGAGAGAGGAGGAGGAGAUAACAGGAGCUACAGAAGGAAAGGAGACAAAAGGCAAAGAUAAAAUACACAGUAAAGACGAGGGAGUCCAGAACAGAGGGCAGCAAAUAUCCCAGGAUGCAACAGGAAACGUCCCAACUCCACUCAGUCAUUUGUCCGACCUUCUGAAGGACUUCCCGCCAAUCCCGAGGAGCCGACUGGAGAACGCAGACAGGCCGGACACCGUGGAUCUGAUGGUGCAGACCUACAACCAUCAGUGUGUGGAGGUGGCCAAGAAGGUUUUAAAGAAGAUGAGGAGGAACGAUCUGGUGGAGAGUUUGUCAAACCCCAGCAGUCCAGGACCCGAAGGUACCGUUAUUACAGACGGGUCGGACAGUAGAGAGGAGGUGGAGAGAACAGGAGCUACAGAAGGAAAGGAGACAGGAGAGGAAGAUAAAAUACAGAGUAAAGACGUGGGAGUCAAGAACAGAGGGCAGGAUGCAACAGAAAACGUCCUAACUCCACUAGGUCAUUUGUCCACAGUUAUUACAGACGGGUCAGACAGGAGAGAGGAGGAGGAGACAACAGGAGCUACAGAAGGAAAAGAGACGGAAGAGGAAGAUAUAAUACACAGUAAAGACGAGGGAGUCCAGAACAGAGGGCAGCAAAUAUCCCAGGAUGCAACAGGAAAUGUCCCAACUCCACUCAGUCAUUUGUCCAUAGUGGAAGUCGAGGAUGUUGGAGAGACUUCAGAGGACACAACAGCUUCAUCUGUACUUCUCUCUGACCUCCCAGCUGUCAGCUGGCUGACUGAAGAUGUAAUGGUGCCGGUCCUACCGCUUCCACAACCCAACACAUCAGACCCGCUCACAUUGCAGUCGGACCUCCAGAACAUGUUCAAGUGUGCACAGGGAGGGUGGAUAGAGAAGCAACACGAGGAGCUUUCACAUGAUAUGAACCCUGAGCUGCUCAUCACACACAUACACACCAAGCUCGAGAUGGCUUCAGGAAAACAAACAGAAACAGAAAGUCCAAUUAACCCCAGCGACAUCUUCAAACACGCAAGAAGCACACAUAUAAGAACAGUUCUGACCAAUGGGAUUGCAGGAAUGGGCAAAUCAGUCCUUGUGCAGAAGUUUUUGUUGGACUGGGCUGAAAAAAGAGCCAAUCAAGAUUUGCAUCUCAUAUUCCCCUUCUCCAUGCGGCAGCUGAAUCUGUGGAGCAGAGAAAGCUUUUGUUUGGCAGAGCUAAUUCACACAUGUAUCCCAGAAACCAACUUCAUUGAAGAGGAGACUCUUAAUGACCUCUUCACAACUUUACAGAACCCAAGAAACUCCAGCUUUGACCAAAGUGAAUUCAAACUUCUGUUUGUGUUUGACGGACUGGAUGAGAGCCACGUUCAACUAGACCUUGUAGGUGAAACAAAAAGCUUUCAUGAUGUUACAGAGUCCACCUCAGUGGAUGUGCUGCUGACAAACCUCAUCAGGGGGAAACUGCUUCCCUCUGCUCGCCUCUGGAUAACCACACGACCUGCAGCAGCCAAUCAGAUCCCUCCUGAGUGUGUUGACAUGACCUGA